AGCAGGGUGCCGAGGCGCGGCCGGAGCGGAUUGGCGGUCGCACCGGGCAAGAUGGCGGACCGGGAGGAGGCGCUGCGGGAGUUCGUGGCCGUGACCGGGGCCGAGGAGGAGCGGGCGCGCUUCUUCCUGGAGUCGGCGGGCGGAGACCUGCAGAUCGCCCUGGCCAGUUUCUAUGAAGAUGGCGGGGACGAGGACAUAAUCACGCUCCCACAGCCAGCACCCAGCUCCGUUACCAGAGGCACUGCACCCAGUGACCACAGGGUGACAUCAUUCCGAGACCUCGUCCAUGCUCAGGAAGAGGAGGAAGAGGAGGAGGAAGGGCAGAGGUUUUAUGCUGGUGGAUCUGAGCGCAGCGGGCAGCAGAUCGUCGGCCCCCCCAGGAAGAAGAGUCCCAAUGAGCUGGUGGAGGAUUUGUUCCGUGGGGCCAAAGAGCACGGCGCGGUGGCCGUCGACAGAGCUGCUAAGAGCCCGGGGGAGAGCAGCGGCAGCAGGCCAAAACCCUUUGCGGGCGGAGGGUACCGUCUCGGAGCUGCCCCCGAGGAGGAGUCUGCUUAUGUGGCCGGAGAGAUGAGGCACAACGCGGCCCAAGAUGUCCACGUAGUCCUGAAGCUGUGGAAGAGUGGGUUCAGCCUCGAUGGUGGAGAGCUGCGCAGCUAUCAAGACCCGUCCAACUCCCAGUUUUUGGAAUCGAUCCGCAGAGGAGAGGUCCCUAUGGAGCUUCGCCGGUUAGCACGUGGCGGACAGGUGAACUUGGAUCUGGAAGACCACCGUGACGAGGAUUUUGUGAAGCCGAAAGGAUCCUUCCGGGCUUUCGCUGGAGAAGGGCAGAAGCUGGGCAGCACUGCCCCCCAGGUCAUGGGCUCGAGCUCCCCAGCACAGCAGGCGGAGAACGAAGCGAAGGCCAGCUCCUCCAUCUUCAUCGAUGAGUCGGAACCCACCACCAACAUCCAGAUCCGGCUGGCGGAUGGCGGGCGUCUUGUCCAGAAGUUCAACCACAGUCACCGGAUCCGUGACAUCCGGCUCUUCAUUGUGGACGCCCGGCCGGCGAUGGCCGCCACCAGCUUCGUCCUGAUGACCACCUUCCCGAACAAAGAGCUGUCGGACGAGGACCAGACCCUGAAGGAAGCCAACCUCCUGAACGCCGUCAUCGUCCAACGGUUCAUUUAGCAGCCGCCGCUGGCCAGCCACGCGCCUCUCUCAUGUAGCCCUGCCGGCGCGCCCGGCGCGGUGCGACCCCACGGCUGUGUCACGGGCUUGGGUUCUGGGCUCUCUUCGGUUGGACUCUGUAGUUGCAUUUCCCAUGAUUAUUAUUUUUUUCCGUGCUGAUUGAUGGACUUUAAAAAAAAUUGAAACCAAACACAGACUUUUGAGCGGAGCAGCCGCCUCCCAUUGCGUCUGCUGCACACACCCGCACUGGAUAACUUACGGGAGCAGGUUACCGCGCCAUCCCGGGCGUGGGCGUGGGGGGGGGGGGGCAAAGGUUGUGUGACCACUCCUCCUUUCCCGCCCUGCGGUGGGCUCUAAAUUCUUCUCUUCAGUGUAUUAAAUAAAGAGCACCCCCGAUCAGGGGCCUGUUGUCUUGGUUGCCAACGAA